UGUUUACGUGACAACAAACGGCAAUAAUGUCAAAAAUACUCAAGAUCACAUUAACAAACACUUUGUGAUCACCAUUCAUCGUCAAAAGUUGAAUAUAUCCAUCUGUUUCUGACCCCCAUUCAGCAUUAUCAUCAGUUAUCAUCAGUUAUCAUCAGUUAUCAUCACCUGUCAUCGGAGAGGAGAACUCGAUGAAAAUUCGUUGAUGUAAUGUGUCGGAUUAAGAAGAACGAGAGCUGCACGAGUGAUAGACAUAAUCUUCGGCAGCCAGAGAGUUGAGAAGUUUGCCGCUAACAUAAAAUUUUAUUAUCCAAUAAAAAUCAAAGUGUCGAGAGUCUUGCACCUCGGGUGUUUAGCAUUGCCAAUAAUUGGAUAGCUGUCAUCGUCGGGGGGACAUUGACAGUUAUCGUCGGGUGAAUGAUCAUAUUGACGGGAAUAAUGACUCGAUCUGUUUUGAUUGGUUGAGAGCUCUUUGGACUGUGUAUCGGCGAGAUAUCAACCGACUUGGUUGCCCCCAAGAAUGUCUCCGAGAUGACUGGAGGACAGUGAGGGGAGGAGUGAGGGGGUGGGUCAUUGACCUUUGGUCAUUGACCUCAGUUUAAAGGACAGAAGAAAUCUGAAAGUUGGACGUGACGGAAGAGGAGAAAAUCGGGGGAUGGAGACUAACAACGCAACUGAUAAUACCGGUCUCAAUGUCACCGAGGCAAAUCGCACGACAACUCCUGUUUUCAGCAUCGGCUCAGAUUUCAUGACAAAAUGGAGAGUGACACAGCUGCAGAAACAACCCAAACAAGUGUGCCGGUAUGUUUACGAUCUUCUUAGUGCUGAGUGCACUCCACUCAACGGCUCCUGGAUUGAUCCAAAUGAUCCACGCAUGUUCAACGGUGAAUACAAUGAACUUCUUCCCGAAUGGGCAGCGAGUAAUUUUAGUAAUAUCUCCAAUUCAUCGGGUAUAGUAGAGAAAGCAUGGACUACCGAUGAGACAGCUCCGCCUUUUGAGAUGUGGCAGACAGUGUUGAUAGCCCUAGGUUUGGCAUCGUGCAUUGUCCUAACAAUCGGGGGUAAUAUUUUGGUGCUAUUAGCCUUUAUCGUCGACAGAACCAUCAGACAACCGAGCAAUUACUUCAUCGCCUCGUUAGCUGCAACAGACAUGCUUAUCGGAACUGUAUCAAUGCCGUUCUACACCGUCUACGUGCUAAUGGGUUCCUGGGAUCUUGGCCCAUUGCUCUGUGACCUAUGGCUCUCUGUGGAUUACACAGUAUGUCUCGUAUCACAAUACACCGUCCUUUUAAUCACCAUAGAUCGAUUUUGCUCCGUCAAGAUAGCCGCUAAGUACAGAGGCUGGAGAACCAAGAAUCGCGUGAUAUGGAUGGUUACCAUAACGUGGAUUAUUCCAGCGCUUUUAUUUUUUAUCAGUAUAUUCGGGUGGGAGCACUUUGUUGGCUACAGAAAUCUUAAGCCAAACGAGUGCGCGGUACAGUUCUUGAAGGAUCCAGUAUUCAACACUGCCCUCAUCAUUGGUUACUACUGGACUACAUUAGUUGUUCUCUUCAUUCUUUACGGUGGAAUCUAUAAAACUGCUUAUGACAUGCAGAAGAAGAGUGAAGCGAAGCAGAGGAAAAUGCAAUCGAUGGUGGCACUGAGCGCUGGUGCGAUGUCAGGUAUGGCCGGUAGGGCAGCGGGAAUUGGAAUCUCGAAGACUCAGAGUACGAUGCUUAGCCAGGAUAAGCCUAAAAGUAGUAUUGGAGGUGGUACACAGGGGGCUGAGGGUAAUCCCGACGGUCAGGCGGACGAUAACAAAGAUGGGACGGAUACUUUGAACGCGAGAAUGUCCUCGUCGCAGUUAUCACAGAGUAAAGAUUCGUCGAACAAACCAACUUCGAAUAAUACCACGCAAUCGGAGAUGGAGAAAUCCGAACGAUCAAGCAGUCCGGCUUUUGAUUCUGACGAGGAGAGCACAGCAGGGGCUGUUACAUCGUCUCAGCAAGCUGCUAAUCUGAGAAAAAAGUCGUCAGUGGCUGGACUGAUGGUGCAGGCCGGUGCUCUGCAUGCAUUUGCCACUAACGGAAAGAUGAAUGGCAUCGUGCCAGUCAAAGUGGAGAUGAAUCCUUUGAUGAGGAAACCAUCGCCGACGACAUUGGAGCCUUCAGCAGCACUAAAGACACAGACACUGCCGAAGAUCCAGGAGAACAGCCUCGUCGAGACUGAGAAUCUUCUUGAUCAGUCCAUCGAGCACGACAAGUCCAGCAGCACUCUUACACCAGAGCAGUCCCUCCGAUCUAACGUCGCUGAGGUAAAUCGAUGCAUCGGGCUCAUUGAGGAGACACCACCAUCAGAAGUCAAAAAUAAAAGUACAUCAUCGAGCAGUCAACAGAUCAUCAUCUCACCACCUACACAAUUUCGCGGUAGCUCACCAGCAUCAGAUAGCCAGACUUCAACAGCAUCCUCAACAGACAGACCAAAGUCCCUAUCAACAGGUGGCCCAGGUACGUACGACAUAUUGACUGGUCUGGAUGGUGCAGAUUUGAGAUACAUGGACGAAAGUUCUGUGAUCGUACCAAGUCCAUCCUUUGAAAGUCCACCAUCAUCCUUUUCCUGUAGUCUUGCUAAUCCUCUAUCAACAGCUCCAUCAUCACCAUUGUUGGGACACACUGGUACAUCAGCGGCCAACACCAGUUUGCUACAAGCUGCCCUUAUAAGAGCAACACAACAGCAAACUGGUACAAUCCAACCAUUCAAUUAUCCUCAAUUCAUUAAUGCAUCCUGUCAAACUCAUCCACCACGUGUUUUUACCACACACCAUACCAAUGCCUCAUCACAAACUUCCCCUAUAGUUAGCAAGGUGAACACCGAGGUGACAGUAAAGGAGGAUACCAAACGACAACCAGUCACAACUGUUGUCAAUACGCCAAUUGGAUCGUCAAACAGCACAACGACUGAUCUGAAAACGAACAAUCCACCCCAGUUGUCAUCAUCAAGUAGUGCUGCACCAACUGUUGUACCAGCAGCAGCUUUAUCCUCAUCUGCCGAUCCUAAGAGACAGUCGAAGAAGGAGGAUGAGCAAGAAGGAAGUGGUGGCUCAAGGAGGGACUUUGUCAAAUCAAUUGGCAAGAGGUUAAAAGCUAAAACAGCUAAGAAAGAUCUCAUGUUUGGUAGACAAAAAUCGAGGACCGAGAAUCGUGCACGUAAGGCUUUCCGUACAAUUUCUUUUAUCUUGGGAGCUUUCGUUGCCUGUUGGACGCCGUAUCAUGUCAUGGCAUUGGUCGAGGGCUUCUGCACCCAUCGGCCAUGCACCAAUGAGCAUCUCUACAUGUUUUCAUAUUUUCUAUGCUAUGCCAAUAGCCCUAUGAAUCCUUUCUGCUAUGCUUUGGCUAAUCAGCAAUUCAAGAAGACAUUUACUAGAAUACUCAAGGGGGAUUUCCACAUGACGUAAGACAUUAGUCUCAUCCUUUUGUAAUGCAGUGAGCUAUACGUCAAAAUAAAACAAUACAAACAUUGAGGGAGAAAAAAUUGAUCAAACACACAUUUGGCACAAUAAUCAAACGAUAUUAUACAUUGGGGGUAUGGUGUAUGGACAAUAAUUUCGUCAAGUCUUUUUAUUAUCGUAGAUUGGUAGUUAGUCAUGAAUAAUCUGGUUUCAUUAAGAGCAACAGAACACAAUAUGUUCGAUGAUUCAGCUUGUAAAUAUAAAAGAGGUAAGAAUGAGUGAAAUACGUUUUAAGACCUAAAAUCAAAGGUGUACAUAAUGUAUAUGUAAUGUGUGUAUAUUUGUUUAUCAAUUAAAGCGCCAAAGGACGCGCUUUUAUGUAACACUGCAGCAGUUAAUACCAGUGAUUGAAUCGAUAAUACUUGUUUAAUCCUAAUGCUUUGUAAGCUAUAAUUAAUAGGCAUGUAAUAGUUAACGUAAAACAUUUGAUGAUUACCGUAGAACUUGAAAUAACUGUAAAUUAACUGUAUAUUAUAGUUCCGUCGAGCUUUAUCUAUGAAGCUCGUUACGAAAGACGAAAAGUGAAAUAGACAUUUUGCGAAUGCAUUAAGAUCUAAGCGUUUAUUUAUGUUGUGAAAGAAACAAUAAUAUCUUGAAAUUAAAUCAACACAUACACAGAAUCUAUUGAGAUAAUCACGGAUUUGGUGAUGGUGGAUCAGCUGAUCCGAUUUCUUGGUCUGUAUGCACUGCCGGAUGUGGCCUACCUCGAAAAGGCGCCUUUAUCUUUCAACAAACAAACGAACUUCCGAAAUCCGUGAUCAUCUCGACGCAGCGUCAUACACAAACAAUAAGGUAAAACAAACAAAAACAGACAGUAUUGUUUACAUUCAUUGAGCCCCAUGUAGGUGUCAUCGAGGAUCAAUACACGGUAUGUAACCCAGUCACGAGGAUUGGUACGCUAUUACCAACUACCCCGUGUCAAUCCUUUUGUGUAUUUGUGAUAGGAUAGGUGGGCGAAGAAACCAUUCCACAAAUGCAGACUGGUCAACCCAGGUGGGUAAGUGUUGAAGGACUGUGGAUGAGUGCCUCGCCCAUUCUGAGCCCCAUGACGGCUAGGCCCUCACAAUAAUCUCUUUCACACACUCCACGGUGGUUGAAUCCUCCACACAACAACUUUUACGCUUAACUUCUCAGUCCAACGGGAGAAAAUCGAUAAUAGAUGUAGAACAGUAAUGGACCGUGUAUCACUGUCCCAUCCUUCUCGUUUACCUUUUGUGGAAAAAAAAUGCUUAUAAUCGUAUUAUGCUGUUUCAAUUAUAUUGGCAGACACGUCGUACACACAGAAAUCAUUUCUAGCUUAAUCAAUUUCUUUUUGUUUCACUUCGCUGGUCGAAGUCUCCCAAUUCAUACUUGAUUUUUAUUAUUUCUCUUUUUAUUCCAUCGCGGGUUUCAUUAAUGUAGACAUUAUGAUGUAGAAUCGUUCAUUUGGAAAGUGUCAAUUGAAUCGAUCAACAAUUGUUAUCGACUCUUUUGUAAAUAUAAACCUGUAGUGGAAUGAUACGUAAGUUAUUAUAUUAAAGGUAUCAUGUUGUUUAGAAUUAUUAUGUACUAGGGGGUGUAGAGUUAUCAGAUUUAUUGACUAGAGCUCGUAGUUGUAGGCAGUUUGUAAUUUGCGACACUGCGGCCAAGCACCAUGAUGAGCCUAUAGCUAAUGGGUGUAAUGUCAUUUAGCUAUUAUUUAUGGUUAUUGAGGAAAAAUUAUAUAGGUGAUUAUGGAGAGAGAGGGGACGUUAAAGGGUAUCAUUUUUUUAUCUCCAACUCUACCUCAUUAAUCGAAAAAUUGUAAUGUAUAUGCAGGCCUCUUAAUUUUUUCAUUCAAUUAACAUUAAAAAGAUGAAGAUUAUUUCGUAUGAAAAAUAUAAAGACGCAACUAUUUGCUUUCAAUUUGGUAUUCAUUGGUUUGCAUAGAAAACUCCGAAAUUAUGAAAAUGCACAUCUAUGGAUACAUUUGGGACUGGCGAUGUUAAUUCGUCACUCUCCGGCGUUCAUUGGCCUAAAUCAUUGAAAUUUACAACGCUUCUACGCUUUACUCUGCGUAGCCGUGUCACCAUGGUAAUUAAUACGAUGAGAGUAUGUACAGCAUUCAAACAUAUGUAGAUUGAUUUUUAAAAAAAUCAAUCAAAGAGUAAAAUAAUUGAUUGUGGUAAUGAAGAAGACUAUGAAUAGUCGAAUUUAGGACUAUGUGUAAAUAAUUGAGAAAAGGAUACUCUGAUGCAUGAGACUAUGUUCUGUGCGUGCUUUGCCCGACAAUCUCAUGAUACGCAUAUAAUGAUAGAGCAAUUAUUAAUAAUAAACAACCAUUUCAUGUGAUCGCAAGUACUCUGAGAUUGUACUUGUACGAAUUUUAAUUUUCGCGCUGAAGAGAUGGAUAAUAAACCAGGUUCAAAGUAGCAUAAGCUCCUAUUAUUAUUAAUACUCGUUAAUGAAGUAGUCAUUGUUUUUCAUUUGUAAUGCAUCGCAGCAUUGAAGUGGUAUAUACUUAGAGAAUUCGGAAAUGUACGUAA